GAUCACCAGUUUUCUUAACGUACAAAUCUGUAUCGCACAGCACAAUGGAAGUGCUAAAAGAACGCCACGACGUCCUAACGUUUUUAGAAAAAGUGUCAGCGGAACAAGGAAUACCAAAGUAUACCAUUAUCGAUGCAGCCACUAACGAAAAAGGCGAAGGUUAUCUGGGACAGAUUUUCAUGAUCACUAUCAAAGACGAUUUUAGUGAUAAAGAACUUCGUGUUGUGGUAAAAGUGGCUUUUGUAGACGAAAAAAUUAGAAAAUUUGUGCCCAUCAAAAAAUCUUUCUUGAACGAAAUUUAUUUCUACCAGCAUAUAAGACCAACGUUUAGGAAAAUGGAAGCGAACCACAAUAUUGAACACACGGAGUUUUCCCCACAGUGUUUUAAAGUAUUGGUUGAAAAUGAAAAAGAAAUGUUGUGUUUGGAAAAUUUGAAAACGUUAAAGUUUGAAAUGUUUGAGAAAACGUCCGUUUUGGACGAUGAACAUGUUAGUUUUAUUUUUAAAACUUACGGACGUUUUCAUGGUUAUUCCUUUGUGCUGAAGGAUCAACAACCUGAAGUAUAUAAACAGCUCACUAGUGAAAUUCACAACAUUUAUGAAGAAUUUGUCAUUAAUCCCGAAGGAAAUUUUAAAGAGUAUCUGACAGAUUUAAUAGCUGAUGUUAGAACGUAUUUACUUGAUAAAGAAGAUGAUGUGAUAAUAAGUAAAUUUGAAAAGUAUGCCGACAAAGGUGUUCUGGACUGUUUUUAUGAUAUUACGACGCAGACCUGCAACUAUUCUAGUAUUUUACAUGGCGAUUGUUGGAGCAACAACAUGAUGUUUAAAUAUGAAACAUCCGAAGACAACCGAAAAUUAGUAGAUAUGCGCUUAUUGGAUUUCCAGAUUGUUAAAGUAGGAAGCCCAGUUUGUGAUUUAUCUUAUUGUUUGUACUCAGGUGGUUCUAAAGGACUGUUUGAUAAUCUAGAAAAGUAUUUAAAAAUUUAUUAUGAAAGUUUAGAAGCAACAUUAAAACAAUUUGGAAGUGAUGCUGAGGUAGUUUUCCCUUUUCAAGCCCUGAAGGAAGACUGGAAAAAGUAUGCCCGGUUUGGAAUGAUAAUGAGUUGUUGUGCGAUUAAAAUAAAGUGUACAAAUAAGGAUGAUAUUCUAGAUUUAACAGACGAUUUUGAUGUAAGCAAGCCUAUUAAGGUAAAGUUUAAUGAAGAAGAAUAUGGCAAACGUACGAAGGAAAUUCUUUGUCACCUGUGUGAAAUAGACGCUUUAUAGGUGCUAGGUAAUAAAGUUUUUGUUGCACAAUU